CUCUCCUUCCCACUCCCUGUCCCUCGCUCAACACAUGCACAUCUCCUCUUCUACCUCACACACGCAGUCGCUCAGACACUGCCACUUCGCUCUCUGUUCCGCACCUUUUCUUUGCUUCUUGUGUCCAAACAGGAAAGUUAUUUCGCGCCAGAGCGAACGGAAACAAUGCCCCGCUCCUGACCACCAGCGAAUGGAUUAGCCGGCUAUUUCUGAGCACUAAUGAGAUUUCACUGGCCGUAGCAGACAUGGACGGUGGCACCGUGGCAGCACCUUUCCUCGGGCUCCUCAGGGUUCCCUGUCAGUCCCCCAGCGCUGGAAAUGGCGCUCUGACAGUUACGCUGGGCACUACAGGUCUGAGCGCUCACCUGUUUCAGCUUUUUUCUUUUUAACGCAAGCACACUGUGGAUUCUCCUAGCAGCGGCGGACAAGAUGAAGUACCAGAAAUACAUCACAGUGAUGCAGAUGGCCAUGGGAGUGACCGCCUCCAACAAAGACAACUGCCUUCCUCCAAAGAGACAGCUGUGGGUGCCCCCCAGCUCCGAUGCUGCUGCCACCUCCAGUGUAGCGCCCCCUGUGGUGGCUGUAAGCCAAGGAAAGCCAUCGCUGCGCAGGAUCAAGGGCCGCAUUCACCGCAGCAAGAGCCUGGACAGCAUUGACCUGCUGGAUUGCAAUAGUGCAGCGAUGGAGGAAACGGUUAUAUGGGAGCAGCACACGGUGACACUUCACAGGGCACCAGGCUUUGGGUUUGGGAUUGCAAUCUCAGGAGGCCGAGAUAACCCUCAUUUCCAGAGUGGAGAGACGUCCAUCGUCAUCUCAGAUGUUCUGAAAGGAGGACCAGCAGAGGGGCUUCUACAAGAGAAUGACAGAGUGGUUAUGGUUAAUGCUGUCUCCAUGGAUAAUGUGGAACAUGCCUACGCUGUUCAGCAGCUGAGGAAGAGUGGCAAGAAUGCCAAAAUUACAAUUCGUCGGAAGCGAAAGGUUCAGAUCCCAGUGGCCCGGCUGGGCGACAGAGAGACGAUGUCAGAGCGUGAGGAGGACAGCGAGGAUGAUGAUUAUGAGGGCCCCGGGGCAGGAGCUGGGGGUGCCAGUGGGGGCACAAGCAGACGGAAUGAUCGAAGCGGCAGCGGGGGCCGGCGGGACCACAGCGCCUCAAGAGAAAGGAGCACUUCCCCACGGUCUGACAGACGCUCUGUUGCCUCAAACAUCCCGCCACGGCCUGCCAAAGUCACACUUGUAAAGUCCCGUAAGAAUGAAGAAUAUGGUCUGCGCCUGGCCAGCCACAUUUUUGUGAAGGACAUUUCCCCUGAAAGCCUGGCAGCCCGUGAUGGAAACAUACAGGAGGGAGACGUAGUGCUGAAGAUCAAUGGCACAGUGACAGAGAACCUGUCUCUGACAGAUGCUAAGAAACUGAUUGAGCGCUCGAAAGGCAAGCUGAAAAUGGUGGUACAGCGAGACGAGAGAGCGACGCUCCUUAACAUUCCUGAUGUAGAUGACAGCAUUCCCUCCGGCAACUCUGAUAGAGAUGACAUUUCAGAGAUUCACUCAUUGACCUCAGACCAUUCUCUUGACCGAACACGUGGCAGUCGCUCUCGCUCCCCAGACAAGCGCUCCGAGCCAUCAGACAUCUCUGGCCAGUCGCCCCAACAGAUCAGCAAUGGAAGCCACAGAAGUCGUGAUGAGGAGCGCAUCUCGAAGCCAGCUGCCGUGUCCACUCCUGUUAAGAUGGUGGAAGAUGCACUGCUAGUGCCAGCCAGCGAACAGGGAGACAAACAGAUACCCCCACUGCCAGAGCCAAAGCCAGUGUAUGCCCAGCCUGGCCAGCCAGAUGUAGAUCUGCCGGUCAGUCCAUCUGAUGCCCCUGUGCCCAGUCCUGCCCAUGACGACAGCAUUCUGCGGCCGAGCAUGAAGCUAGUGAAGUUUCGGAAGGGAGAAAGUGUGGGAUUAAGGCUGGCUGGAGGGAACGAUGUGGGCAUCUUUGUGGCUGGAGUUCUGGAAGACAGUCCUGCUGCUAAAGAGGGUUUGGAGGAGGGGGAUCAGAUACUCAGGGUAAACAAUGUCGACUUUGCAAACAUCAUCCGAGAGGAAGCCGUGCUGUUUCUGCUGGACCUGCCCAGAGGUGAAGAGGUCACCAUCCUGGCUCAGAAGAAGAAGGAUGUGUAUCGACGAAUCGUGGAGUCAGACGUGGGUGACUCAUUCUAUAUCCGGACCCAUUUUGAAUAUGAGAAGGAAUCUCCAUACGGCCUGAGUUUUAACAAAGGCGAGGUGUUCAGAGUGGUGGACACACUGUAUAAUGGCAAGCUUGGCUCCUGGCUGGCCAUACGCAUCGGAAAAAAACACCAGGAGGUAGAGAGGGGCAUUAUCCCCAAUAAGAACAGGGCAGAGCAGUUGUCCAGCGUCCAGUACACACUACCCAAAACCCCUGGUGGGGACAGGGCCGACUUCUGGAGGUUCCGAGGUCUUCGCAGCUCCAAGAGGAAUCUGAGGAAGAGCCGAGAAGACCUCUCCGCUCAACCUGUGCAGACUAAAUUCCCUGCUUAUGAAAGGGUCGUGCUCAGGGAGGCCGGAUUCUUGAGACCUGUAGUGAUCUUUGGGCCCAUUGCUGACGUCGCCCGAGAGAAACUUGCCAGAGAGGUGCCUGAUUUGUUUGAGCUAGCAAAGACACAGCACCCUGGAGAAGGGGAAAAGAGCGAGCCCAGAGAUGCAGGAACGGACCAGCGAAGCUCCGGAAUCAUUCGCCUUCACACCAUCAAGCAGAUCAUCGAUAAGGAUAAACAUGCAGUGCUGGACAUCACACCCAACGCAGUGGACCGAUUGAACUAUGCACAGUGGUACCCCAUCGUUGUGUUCCUGAACCCAGACAGCAAGCAGGGUGUGAAAAACAUGAGGACCAGACUGUGCCCUGAGUCCAGGAAGAGUGCAAGGAAACUGUACGAGCGAGCACUCAAACUGAGGAAAAACAAUCACCACCUCUUUACUGCCACCAUAAACAUGAAUAACAUGAAUGAGGGCUGGUACGGAGCGCUGAAGGAUACCAUCCAGCAGCAGCAGAACCAGCUGGUCUGGGUUUCAGAGGGCAAGGCGGACGGUACUCCUGAGGAUGAUCUGGAUCUUCAUGAUGAUCGUCUAUCCUACUUGUCUGCUCCAGGCAGUGAGUACAGCAUGUACAGCACAGACAGCCGCCACACGUCUGACUAUGAGGACACGGACACAGAGGGCGGUGCCUACACCGACCAGGAGCUGGACGAAACAUUGAAUGAUGAUGCAGGACCACCGUGCGAGCCAGCCAUCACCCGCUCGUCCGAGCCCGUCCGCGAGGAGCCACCCGUCAUCCAGCAACCACCCGGCUACCCCGUCUACCGGUCAGAUGCACUGAGCCGAAUCGAGCCGGCUGGCUUCAAGGCCCCCGCGCCGCAGCAGAAAGCAGAGGCUGCUCUUCCUGAGCCGCUGACUGAGACAGCGCCCCCUGGUGCCCACCUUAAUGUAGCACUUCUGAGUGGUGCCACGGAGGGCCCAGCCGCCCCCCCACAGGGCAACCUAGCUCAGCCCCCAGCUCCUGAGCCCCUCCAAACCGGACAGCCCGGGUCAGAGCCCAAGAUGUACCAGAAAGAGAUUUACAGUGUGGAUGAGCAAGUACGCGUCAGUCCUGGACUGAAGCAGCCUGCCUAUAACUCCCAGCAACCCCUUUAUCAGGAAGAACAGCCAUACAGAGAUUAUGAUCACCAGCCCUACCGCUAUGACAGCGCCUAUGUGGACCCAAAGGCUCAUAACUUUGACUCUCACUUGCAGUAUGACAGUCGUUUGCCUCCCUAUGAAGAGCAGUGGUCUCCAUAUGACCACCAGGGGGAAGCACCCCAGCACUAUGACCCCCGCCUAAACUACCAGGAUGGGCCAGAUCGUGACUACAGCCCACCUCAGUCCCACUACGACACAGGCUACGACACGGGACGACCCCGUUAUGGAAAGCCCGGACCAGCUCGUUUCGAUGAACCCCCUCCCCCAGCCACAGGUGGCUUUGAUGGAAGUUCACGUUAUGACCAUGAACCCCACCCCCUACCUUCAACCGUGUCCCGCUCCCCUGAACCCCCAAAACAGCAGUAUUAUGAGCCUCCACCUGCAAGGUCUGCCCAUGGCCAGCCAUCACAGAGGGGUUAUAUGAACUCAGAUGUCCCCCCACCACCUCCCAAACCCGAGUCCCUCCCAUCACCACCAGACACAGCUGUCACCACAGCAACCUCUAAGACCCUCCCUCCUCCCCCACCAGAGACGGAGGAAGACCCAGCAAUGAAGCCACAGUCAGUGCUGACCCGAGUGAAGAUGUUUGAGAACAAGCGUUCAGUGUCUAUGGACCGGGCCAGAGAGUCUGCCGACUCCACAAUAAGGCCAGCAGACAUGGUUCCUAAACCAGGUGCAGCAUCCGUGCCCAAAGCCAACUCUUUGAGUAACCUCGACCAAGAGAAGACCUUCAGAGCGCCUGAGCCCCAGCAGCCGCAGUCAAAAGCUGAUGACAUUGUUCGCGCUAACCACUAUGAUCCUGAUGAAGAUGAAGAGUACUACAGGAAGCAGCUGUCCUACUUUGAUCGCCGGAGCUUUGACAGCAAGCCCUCUACACAGCCACAGCCUGCCAACAAACCAGCACAACCACAGGCCCAGCCAGGGACCAACUAUCCUAGGGUGGACUCAGUGGACAAGGUCAGCCCUGUUCCCCAGGUAACCCCAGCUGCCACUUCUCCAGCUCCACCCCCUACUCUGCCCAAACCUGCUGCAGCGACACCUCCUCCAGACCCUCACGGCUCUCCCAAAGUGAAGCCCCCUGGUCGUGAGGACACAGUGCAGACCACAUUCCUUCCCCAGAAAAGCUUUCCUGAGAAAUCACCUGUCAAUGGCACUGGUGACCCCCCGAAAACCGCUGGUGCACCUCCCCCCUCCUCCUAUAACCGCUAUGUCCCCAAACCCUAUACAGCCUCUGCUAGGCCCUUUGAGCGCAAAUUUGACAGUCCCAAAUUUAACCACAACCUCCUGCCUAACGACACACAGGCCAAAGCCCCGGCUAAAACGCAGCAACCACAGGCUCCAGAUCAGGACAGCGGCCUGGACACCUUCACCCGAACCACAGAGCACCGGCCCAAGUACCUGCAGAAUAACAUCAAUGCCGUGCCCAAGGCCAUCCCUGUCAGCCCAAGUGCUCUGGAGGAUGAUGAAGAUGAUGACAUCCACACGGUGGUGGCCACAGCGCGUGGCAUCUUCAACUGUAACGGCGGGGUCCUAAGCUCCAUAGAAACAGGUGUCAGCAUCAUUAUCCCUCAGGGGGCCAUCCCCGACGGUGUGGAACAGGAGAUCUACUUCAAAGUGUGUCGAGACAACAGCAUCCUGCCACCCCUCGACAAGGAAAAAGGAGAAACCCUGUUGAGUCCGCUGGUGAUGUGUGGUCCACACGGUCUGAAGUUUCUGAAGCCUGUGGAGCUGCGCUUACCUCACUGUGCGUCUAUGACUCCUGAUGGUUGGUCUUUUGCUCUAAAAUCCUCCGACUCCUCGUCGGGUGACCCCAAGAAUUGGCAGAACAAAUCUCUCCCUGGAGAUCCAAACUACCUGGUAGGAGCCAACUGUGUGUCCGUGCUUAUCGACCACUUCUGAGGAGUCUGUUACUGAAUGUGAAUGCCAGGACAAAAGAAAGAAAACACUCUUUCCCUCUCCAAACUACACAUGUGCACACACACACACACACUGCCGUUAGGGAGGGGACGUUUUGGCAGUGAUAAAUGAAGGAUGACUGCGCUUUGAUUCUGUUUACUGUACCCAUGGAGACUGGAGGGAGGAUGACUUUCUCUGAAGUGCUGUUCUUCUUUUUCUUCUUCUUGAUCUUCUUUUCUUUUUAUAAGUGCUUAACAGCUCAAGAGUAAAUCAGAAGAAUAAACUUUUUUUUAAUCCUUGAUGGACUGCAUGCUCCGUGCCACUGAGAAUAUUCCCACCAUACGCCAAGUUUCAGAUUCUCAUCGCUCACAAAAAUUCACCUUAUUUUUCUCCAGGAUUUGCCAUGAUCUUCCACGUAGACUUUUACUAUAGACGAUAUUAAGCUUUCAACAUAUUUUUACUAUAUUCAGAGUGCACACUACAUAUAUAGUGUGAACAUAAUACACAAUGGAAUUGAAGUUUUUAUGGAAUAGUUCAUUUUAUUAGACUUUUCUGUCAAUUGAAACAGUUACCACAGCACUCUAAAUAUGAGGACUCACACACAGUAGGUGCAGAGGGAUGAGAGGAAGUGUAGAAGCGGUGCCUAAGAGGGGUGAAGGACUGCGACUGAGGUGCUGGAAAUGAAGGGAAAAAAAAGCAGGUGAAGGAAGCGCAGACCAGUUUCCUGAAGGUAUAUUCUAUUUCAACAUAAACUGGUGCUCCUGUUCCCCUUCGGCUUGUCUUCUCUAACAGUGAUGCCUACCUAUUGAUACAUCGCCACUUAUACCAGUGGACUGGUGGAGUGAAGCAGUUGACGUUUUCAGCGCUGUGGAGAUCUAUGCAUGUCAGACUCAGGUGCCCAGACUCCUGCUCUAUCUGCUCUUUUCUAUUUCUCUUUUUACCUUCCCUCACUUUCAACACCUCUUUUCUCUGUCUUCUCGCUCUCACUCCGUCUCUCUGUCUCACACUCCUGCUAAAGCAGUGAUGCCUUAUCUGUGGAUUUACUCACUUUUUCAAUAAAUUCUUUUAUUUUAUUUUUUUCUAAGUUAUAAUGAAGCCUGAUUAUGGAGGAAUAAUGUUGUUCUGCCAUUUUGUCAAUCCACUGUAUAAACUAAACCUGGGUUAUUACACAAGAACAAUUAAGGCUAAAAAAAGGUUAAAACAUAUGCUCAGUUGACUUGCUAUGCACACAAUUCCUGACAAAAUGGAAAAAAUGAGAAAAUAUAAAAAUUGGCUGUACAUAAAGCUAGCAUAUGGCCUUUGUUCUUGGUUUGUAAAUGACUUUUUUAUGUCUUUAUUUUGUAUAAAACUGGUGAGAAAAGAAUUUAUGAAAAAAAAAAAAGAAUGAAUGCAAUGGAAAAGGUUAACUUUGUAUUCUGGUUAUACCCUUGAGCCUU